AUGACGUUAUACCCAGCUCACUCAGACGCACAAGUUGCGAAUGCUGCGAACGCGUAUCUAAAAUCUGACCCCAUCCCAUCCUUCCUUCUACCUUGUUAUGAGAAUAUGAAGGCUCUUAAGCUGACACCGGAUGAUAUCAGGGCUGUCGUUACAGAUAUCAACCGAAAUGUUGCGGCUACAUUGAAACUAUGUGGCCCAGCUAUCCUCACCCAAGCCAACUUUGCUGAACGUGCGACAUCCAUCCUAGCUACAAUCAUUACAAAGACACAUCCCUGUCAACAAGACAUUGGUGACGAGGAUGACCAUGAGGGCCUUGAAGAAGAAGAAUCGUCCGAGUACGAUUGGCUCGUGAUCGAUACUGCUAUGGAUGUUGUGAUCGGACUGUCCUUAGCACUCGGGGAGCAAUUCACGGAGGUGUGGAAGGUCUUCCUGAAGCCAGUCCAGAAGUACGCAUCUUCGCAGACAAACUUUGAACGUUCUACAGCCAUUGGAGUUAUUGCAGAGUGUACCGCAAACAUGGGGCCAGGUGUCACACCAUAUACCAGCGUACUCCUCAAGCUGCUAUUACACAGAUUAAGUGAUGAGGACUCGGAGACGAAGUCGAACGCCGCUUACGCCAUCGGUCUACUUGUUUUCCACUCAACCAACUCAGCCGAAUAUCUUCCAAGCUUCAACACCAUCCUGCAGAAGCUUGAGCCCAUGCUUCAUACACAGACAGCUAGGACUCUAGACAAUGCCUCGGGAUGUCUCUGCCGAAUGAUCAUGGCUCACCCAGACAAGGUUCCAAUUGAUGAUAUCAUGCCUACCAUCGUGGGACAGCUUCCUUUGAAGGAAGACUACGAGGAGAAUAAGCCUAUUUUCGAGUGUAUCACUGGCUUAUACAUGCACGAGAACCAGACAAUCAUCGGCUUGACACCAAAGCUAGUCGAAGUUUUCGCAGCUGUACUCGACGAGCCGGCCGAGCAGCUCGACUUACCUACACGCGCCAAGAUCAUAUCUAUUGUGAAAUUCAUCCACGGCAAAAAUGCAAGCCUGGUCUCCGGCAGCCCAGUUUUGAUGAAUUCCAUCAAGACUGCUGAUCAAUGA